AUGGAUGGCUUUAAAACACUGAGAACUAAGCCUCUUUAUGAAGGUAUUGAUGACGAUGAAAAAUCUAAUCUUUUGGUUGUGAUUCUUGAUACAAAUCCUUUUGGAUGGGAUGAGAUAUCUGAAUAUAUAUCAUUUGAUAGUGCAAUUAAGGAAUUACUUGUAUUUUUUAAUGCGCACCUUUCAUUAAAUCAAAAUAAUGAUCUUGCAGUUCUUGCAUCUCAUAUAGAUUUUGUACAAUAUUUAUAUCCAACAGCUGAGAAAAUGACACAGGAAGAUAAGAUAGUACGAGAGAAUAAAGAAGAAGGAUGUAAAGGACCUAAUUUAUAUUGGCCUUUUUACAUUAUGAACAAACAAAUUAAAGAAAACCUUGAAAAAUUAAUUGAUCAAAGUAAUAAAGAAGAAGAUAGAUAUGUAAGAUCAACAAUGUUAGGAGGGUCAUUAUGUAUGGCAUUGGCAUAUGUUAAUCGUUGUAUGCAAAAUAAUGGGGAAAACAGGAUAAAAGCAAGAAUUUUUAUCCUAUCAGUGUCUAGUGAUAUUACAUUUCAAUAUAUUGCUAUUAUGAAUUGUAUUUUUAGUGCGCAGAAAAAAAAAAUUCCAAUUGAUGUAUGUAAAAUUGGAAAAGAUACAGUAUUUUUGCAACAAGCAUCGGAUGCUACUAAAGGUAUAUAUCUUCAUCUUGAUAAGCCUAAAAGUCUUUUGCAAUAUUUAAUGAUGGUUUUUCUACCAGACCAGAAAGUUCGGCAAUAUCUUGUUUUACCUUUUCAACUUAAUGUAGAUUUCAGAGCAGCAUGUUUUUGUCAUAAAAAAAUUGUAGAUAUAGGAUAUGUUUGUUCUGUAUGUUUAUCAAUUUUUUGUAUAAAACAACCAAAAUGUCUAGUAUGUGAUACUAUAUUUGAUACAAAUAUGUUGCAAAAAAAUGUUGAAAAUCCUCCAUCUAAUACUUUUGGAACAGAGAUCUAG